AUGAAGAAAGGGUUUAGAGCUUGCCUGAGGGAUUUUCUUGGUUUUGAUGGGGCAUUUAUGAAGGGCCCUUUCCCAGGACAUAUAUUGACUGCAGUUGGGGUAGACUCAAACAAUGGAAUAUACCCCCUGGCUUAUGCCAUUGUUGAGUCUGAGAAUACUCAAAGCUGGAAAUGGUUUCUUGAGAUUUUAGGAGAUGACCUGGACCUAUAUGCAAACUCAAACUUCACAUUUAUAAGUUAUAGACAAAAGGGUUUACAGGCAGCCAUUGCUCAGUUGUUUCCAUGUGCUGAGCACAUAUAUUGUCUCAGGCGGAGAGCAAUAUCAAAUAUGCUUUUGAAUAGACUUUGUGAAGUUUUCAAUAGCAAAUUGGUUGAAGGAAGGUGGAAUGGUUCAGACAAAUACCAAGUGAAAGGGCCAUGGCAGGAUCAACAAGUUGUUGACAUGGCAGAAAGGAUUGGAGAGUUAAACACUUAUGUCCACAGGGUGCAUUGGCUAGAAACUUGGAAAGCAGCUUAUUUUCAUAAGGUAGAGCCUAUUAAAGGGAGAGCAAUGUGGCCUAUAAGUGAUUGCCCAAUUAAAAUCAUCCCUCGUCUGCACCAUAAUCAGCCUGGGAUACCCAAGAAAAAGAGAAGGCAAUCUGCAGGGGAGAAAAGCCAGAAGAAGGGAGAGAAUGGUAAUGGUGCUAGUGGGAGUCAAACUGAUGGGGCAAGUGGGAGUCAAACUCAUGCUGCAAGUGGGAGUGGGAAGUUGACAAGGAAUUUUAUUAGUGUGACUUGCAGCAAGUGUAAAAAUAAAGGGCACAAUGCUAGAACUUGCAAGGGCCAAGUAGGAAAUUGA